GAUCUAUUUUUUCAAUAAAUUCCAAAUAUUUACGAGAGCAACAAUUUAGACAUAAAUGGAAUGAUAACAAUAUUGAUGUGUCAGUUAAAGAACUUGUUAAAACAAAAGGAGAAAUUGAAUCAACCAUUUCUUGGUUUACACAACACCGAAUAUAUAAAUGGCUAAACAAAAAUAUAAGGAAAGAAACAAAUUGGAAAUGGUCACAAGAGGUGUGGCAAAAUUCCAAAAUCACUGACAACAAAACUUCAACUAGAGAUAACUCACUUCGCUCUUUCUCAAUAAAAUUACUAAAUGAGGAACUCCCAACAAUGAAAGUAUUACAUACAAGAAAACCUGAGAUAUAUAAGGAUAAGAAAUGUCCUUUCUGUAAUAUAUAUGAUGAAACCAAUACACAUGUAUUCAUGUGCAAAGAUACUCCAAACACCUUAAAAAAUACUUUUUGUUAUAUUCUAAAAAAAGUAUUCACACAAGAAACAGGAAAGAAAACUGAUCCAAAUAUGUUAAAGAAAAUAUACAAUAGUCACUUUCUUCAAGUAGAUAUAGGAAGACAAAUAAGAGACACCCUCCCUGUUGACCGGUUUGCAUAUAAUGAUUUAGUUAAAGGAUUAAUCCCUCGAUCAAUAUAUAAUAUAGUGAAAAACUACAUAAAUCAAGCUGCAAUAACGAAAACGGUCAUACUCAAAACAUUUUACAAAUGGAAAGAAAUACUUCGGUCCACUUGGAUAAUGAGAUGUAAGGAAUUUUUAAAAUGGGAAAUAUCAAAUGAAAUCAAUGAAAUAAAAAAGAAAAGUAAAGGGAAAAGACCAUUUGAUGACUUUGAAUAUUUAGAACUUAAAAAACAAUUAGUACAAUGGGGAAAGAAAAUAUCUAUAGAG